AUGAAGGUCAAAAGGAUAAAGAGAGCAAACCGAAUUCUCACGUUCUUCAAAUACAACUAUAACUUCGUCCCACCAUUCAGAGUUCUGGUUGAUGGUACAUUUUGCAAAGCUGCUCUUGCAAAUAAAAUCAAUCUACGUGAACAAUUGCCUAAGUACUUAGGCGGCGAUGUGGAAAUUGUCACCACGAAGUGUGUUCUUGCGGAGCUGGAAAUUUUGGGUUCUCCCGUUUAUGGUGCACUAGUGAUUUGUCGCCAAUUUGUUGUCGACAUUUGUCCACAUACACCAUGUCGUAAACCGGCAGAAUGUCUGGCUCAUCUUGCUCGUCGUGCUGCCAAUAAAGGCACUAGAUAUAUUAUUGCUACGAAUGAUGAUUCUCUUGCAGAUAAACUCAGAACUAUCGCUGGUACGCCUAUCCUUUACAUAAAGUAUAAUGCAAUUCUUCUCGAUCGUGAUGUAGUGGAAGUAAAGGACCAUCAAAGUGAUAUCGACACCUUGAAAGCUAUCAAAGCGGCAGUAUUUGGCGAGCCAUUGGUCAGAAUUAAAAAGCGAAAAGGUGCUAAUCCCCUUUCGUGCAAGAAAAAGAAACUUGUUUUAACAAAACAAGCAGAAAAGCCACGUGCGAAAGGCAGGAGAAAACGAUCUAAAAGACAGCGAUUCGAAAUAGGUUCUACUAUGUAG